CUUUUACUGGUGACAACAUUGACACAAAGGUGAACCAUUUCAACAUAACAAAUUUGACAUAAACUUUGAAACAGAAUUCUAUUUUAUCAUGUGAAGAACAUGGAUGAAUUGCUUGUACAAAUAUAUCAAUGCGUAAAUGGCCGAGAGAGGUCUUAUGAUUCAUUUUAAAGCUGCUGUAUUUUGUAAAAGAAUUGGUUUAUUUAUCUUGCCAGCUGUUUAAUAAAUAUAUAGACUUGUAGUGCAGUUUGGACACAUUUGACAUAUUUAAAAGUGGGUUUUAUUCAACAACAAUGAAUGGAAAUCGUGGUAAAAGUGAUUUUGCUGCAAGAAGUAAAGCUUCAGAAAGGGUAAGUCAUUGAAAAUGUAAGCUUGACUAGAAAUAUUGCAAAAUGCACAAUUUAUUUAAUAUAUGCAUGUAACCUUAAAUAAUUAUAUGUAUCAAAUAUCAUGUAACUUUAAAUAAUUAUAUGUAUCAAUAUUGAAUCGACCUGCAGAUGACCUAAAUCUAACUUUAUUCACCAUACAACGUCAACCUUUGGACAAACGAUACAAUCGAAAGUUGAUGAGAGUUGCAAUUCUUGAUUCUGUUUGACCACCAAGUAACUCUCAUUGACUCUCAUGCAAUCUUGUCAAUUUUGAGCUGGUUCAAAUUUUAACGAGAGUUGAUUAGAGUUUACGCUACAUGUGCAGUAAUAUCCAGUCAACUCUCAGUGUAACUCUUGUUCUCGUUUGACCCUGACAUGAGAGUUGAUAAAACUCUGAUGCAAACUCAACUCUUAUAUUUCAUUCAUUCAUUCAUUAUUUAAUAACAUAUCAUAUGGCGCCAAAAGGCAGAUUGCGAUAUUCUUACAAUAUAGUAAAUUAGAAUUACAAUAGAUUAUAGAACAGCACAUUAUAAUAUAUUAUAGUAUUGAAUUGUAUGUGUCUAAAAUGUUAUUAUACCAUGUUCCAAGAAUAUCUGAUGUAAAGACCUGUUAGUUAAUAAAAUUAUUAAAACACAUGCUAGGAAUAAAACUCUGUUUAAAUUGUUCAGUUCUACAUCUUGGUACAGUAAGAGUUUUAUUAUUACGAAGUUCAUAAUUAUGUACAUUUGCUCUUGUUUCUGGAACUAGUUUAUUCAACCGUGAUGUAGGCUGGCAUAUCUUUCUGAAAGUCUUUUUGCAAUAUAGCAAAGAACGAUGUUCGCUCAAUAGAGAGCAUCCAGAUAGCACCAGAGGAUAGCACCAAAGCUUCAUCAUAAUGAUUUUCCGGAUAUAUCCUUAUUUGACUACCAGACUGGGCAUCCUAAUAAUUUUUGAAAAACAGUUCAUUAUGAUCAGCGGUAGUUUAAUGGCAUAUACAUAAUACAUGUAAAUAUGGUUGGUUCAUGCAGUGGGCGUUCACAGGGAGGAUACAUCCCCCCCAGUAUUCUUCAAGAUUUAUUUUCUAUAAUUAUUUAAUGAGUAUCCAAAUACGAUGUGAAAACUGUGUGCAUGUGGGGGGGUGCGGGGGGGGGGUAGAACUCAGCGAAUUAGCAGACUGAAAUAAAAUGAGUGGAAAUAUUUAAGCUUAGAAAACCUCAUCAACUUCUAUUGUACCCUAGAAUUGUGACAUUCUUAAUUUAAAUACUGUAUAUACUUUUUAUACUUUACUUUUAGUUUUAUGUAGCUGUCCAUCAAUGUUAUAUAUUUGCAGGCCUUAUACAUAAGUUUUGUCAUGUAAAAUCAUGUGUUUCAUGUACUUAAUUAUACUCUUUGGAGUUCUGUAUAGUCUUACACCGUAAAUACUGGUUCCAAAGUGGAAAUCACAUUUUAGGGACUCUACUGUAGAUUUCAAAAUUUUCUCGGGGGUGCUUGCCCCAGGAACCCCGUAUUGAUGUCUCACACUUUUGGCCCUUGACAAUCCCCAAUUUCAUUACACUGGUGCCGCUCACUGCUAUCUUGCUAUCUAUUGCAAACCCUGUAGUGAAUUCAGUACAAAGAAGCUGCAUUCAUUGAUCUAGACAAUAAAUACCUAUUCAUUCAAAGUAUUUUUUCUUCCUAUUGCUUUGCUAACAACAUCUUCUAUUUUCUAUUAUAGGCUUUUCUUUUAGUGUCUGAUAGUGACGAGGAUGAAGAUGAAGAAAUGUUAGUUACAUGUUGUCUUACAUACAGUAUUUACCGUACUCAUAUUAUAGCCCAUGGCUGUUACACAUGCUAAAUAUCUCUGACAUAAAGUUCUCUUGAUAUUUUAUGCUGGUGGCGUAACUCUUAGCAUUGGCAUAUGGGAGGGAAUAAAUAGGGGGCAGAAAUAAAUUUGUCACAUUUUGCCUGACUUGUUCAAAAACGUUUACGUAUAAGAUGCCCAAAAUUCUUGUCUACAGGGGUUUCGAAAAAUUUUUUGAAGGGGUUUUAAAAAAUUUUCCUGUAUCCAUUUUCAACUAUUGUCUUUAAUUUAAUAUCUCUCGCAUUUUUGACCAUCUAGCAUUUCUUGCUUUUUGCCCCUUCAUUUAUACCUGUAAUUUGCUCAAUGACAAUUUUACUGGGGGCUCCAGCCCUAUAUGCUCCCCCUUCCCCUCUGCCCCAUAUGCCAUUAUGACUCUUAGUUAUAAAGGGAAAAAGUUAGGCGUUUUGAUCUUAUUCUACAAAACGGGAUUUGCUCAGGGAUAAUUAUUAUAGCAUCAUCAACUCAAUAAAAUUCUUAUUUCAGGGGUCUCCCACCAGCCAGACCUUGCUCACAUCACAACAGUCGUACAAAGCCAGAUAAUCAGUUAUCUAAAGUGAAAGAAGAUAUCGUAACUGUGACAAAGACGAUGCAAAAUAAUAUGAAUAAAGUUUUAGACAGGGGAUCUAAGUUGGAGGAUUUGCAAGACAAAACAGGUACAGUUAUAUGUACAAUAGACAGCAACCUUCUUAAUUAUUUACAGUAAGUCUUAAGUACUGACAAAUUGACACAUUACAUACAUGUACUUUUACAAGAACUGAAAUGAACAUGCAUGUUGAGUGUUGUAAAACUAUUUACAGUGAUAUGACUUAUUAUAUAUUAUAUUAAUAUAGAUUUACAUUUACAGUAUGUAUUUCCAUUUCUUAUAUGAGUAAAUUUUAAAAAAAUUACUAGAAGACAUCUAUUAAAAUAGUGACGUUUGAAACGUUCGGUUUUAACUUUAGAGAGGAUAAAAUUAUGUUCUCGUUCUUUUAAAAUGCGGCGAAGUAUACACGUAUAUACCCAUUCUUUAAUUCUCUUAGCCAAGAUUUUUGAGACGGUCCUACUAAUGGACCUAUACUGUAUUCCCUAAUGAACAUAAUUUUGAUCUAGACAAGUCUAAAUAGAAAUUUCAUCACAGCUUGAAAGAACAUCACAAUCAAGUAAUAUUCCGAGUUUCGUUGCGAAAUGUUAUAAAAUGCGGAUAAUAUAAUAUAGCCCUGCAAAAAAAAGCUAGCGCCCUGGAAAAAAGGUAUCAAUUUCCCGUGCGUAUAUACUGUAAAAUGACUGAAAAACGGCAAACUUCGCAGGGCUAUAUUAUCCGCAUUUUACAACUUUUCGCAAUCGCACUUCGGAAUAUUACUAAUUUUGUGAUGGUCUUUCAAGCUGUGAUGACAUUUUUGUCUAGACUUGGCUAGAUCAAAAUGUUGUUCAUUAGGUAAUAGUCCAUUAUACUGCAUGCCCGGGACUUCCCGAGAUUUAUUAUAUGGUAAGGCAGUAUCCUCUUGUUUUAUAUCGUGCAUGAGUACAUGUAUAAAACAUUUUUUCAAAACAUUUAGCAUACUAGGUGCUUGCAGCCAUUGCGCCUUUGUGUUCAGUUGUAUGUGCGGCAGUUAAACAAUGGGGAAUGACCAGCCUGCUUUGCGCGCGUUUGCCUUUUGGAAUUUUUGAAAAAUAUUUAUGUACCAUUUUAGACCUAACUGUCAUGAAUUUAUAAAGUACUCUGACAUUAUUCAAUUUUAACUUUAUGAAUUUGGUAAAAAAUUUCACGAUUAACAAGAUACAAUCCUAAAGCAAAUGUUUCAUUCUCAAAAACGAGGGUGUAGCCAAGCAUUGGUACUUUCCGAAAUUGUAUUCCAUCAACUAAAAAUCCAUAUACAAAAUGUAGGGCCUAUUUAACCCUCUACUCAACGUAUGUACGUACUGUAUUCUGUUAUUCAGAGGACUUAGAUAUGAGUGCAUUUAAAUUUGUCCGUGGUUCAAGGAAGUUACAGAGAAAAAUGUGGUGGCAGAAUAUGAAAGUAAGUGCAUUCGAUUGACAAUAUUUUAUUUUGCCUUGUUCUGGUGGUGAGCAGCCAAUCCUAAAAGAUUUAUACAUUCAAACAGACAUGUAGUUUGAACCCCCCUGUCCCCUUCUUCGUUAAAUUAAGUCGGGAUGAACCCAUACGCGUACGCAGCUGCCCCCAGUCAAAAUGAAGUUGGACAAAUUAUAAACGUAAGUCGGGCAAAAAUUGGGGGGUGGGGACUUAUAGUAGUAUAAAUAUAGUAGUUGAAAAUACCAGAAAUAUGUAAAAGUAACGAGGAAUGUUAACAGAUUAGGGAAAUUUUUUGUCGAAAUUCAUUGUUUUAUUUCUUUUAUGUAGCUCAAAUUAUUAUUUGGAUUUAUCUUUCUUGCUCUGCUUGUUGUGUUAAUCGGUGAGUAUUUAAAAGUAGAUCAUUUUUCAGUCGGUGUGUCCGCAGUCCGCAUGUUCCACCCAACCAAAUUCAAUGCGGAACUUCGAGAUUUUGAGCGACGGCGGACGGCCCUUCAUCAAGAAGUAACAUAUAGUGGACAAGUGAAGUAACUUCAGUACCCUUUGCUUUGCUUUGCAAUGCUUUAUUUUUAAAGAGUGAGUAUCCUUUGCACGCUUGUGUUUACAUUUUUAACAGGGUGUGAUAAUUCGCGUUCCUACGUACCGGGGGUACGCCAAUAUUACGGUCUGGUACUUCUUUGUUUUUGGCCAAGUACCACGCGAAACUCUUGCUAUCUGCGUACUUAACUUUUUGGCACCACAUGACUUUUCCAAGCAAGGUAUUCAAUACCGUAAUUUAAUUGGUAUAUGUGUAAAUCUGACACGUCUUGGCAUGAAACAUGAUUGGACUGAUGGGACUAAGGCAUGUUGAGGGCGAUUGUAUAGUAGUUUGAAUUGACAAUAUACUUUUCAGAAACUUGUUCUUUAUGUACUUUUUGUAUAAAGACCAAGUACACAUUGAGUAUUGAGUCUGUUCUAGCGCAAGUACGCCUCAACAAUCAUUGGCGUAUAGUCGUAUGCCAGUCAGGUACGAUUAAAAAUCUUGAAUUAUCGCGGCCUGCAUUUAUAUUUACAUUCGGCUGUAUCUGAUGAAUAUACUUUCAUUACAAACAUUUUGCAUAAAAAACCGGCAACAUUUCACAAGAUAUAAUGACUUACACAGGCGUACGGGGCGGGAGGUGGGGGGGAGAGCAGCUGCCCCUCGGUCAAAAUGAAGUCGGGCAAAUUAUUAACGUAAGUCGGGCAAAAAUUGGGGGGAAUAACCUUAAAAGAAGACAUUUGCAAUAUAGUAUUUGAAAAUUCGAGAAAAAUUAGAAUAACGAGGAAUUUUAACGGACUAGGAAAUUUUUUUACAUGGAAAAUUGUUUCAGCAGUAAGUCGGGCACAAUGGGGAAAAUUCGGGUAAAUUUCCUUCCGCCCCCCCCUAAUUUUCCCCCUCCCGUACGCCCUGAUGAGUUACUUCCUUUAAGAAGAAAUAGAGUUGUUUUUUAAUAGGAUUCCUAUAAAUAUGGGGCAAUACAAAUUAAAUCUUGGAGCGAGAUCACUUAGCAUGAUACAGUAAUCACUCUUCAAAUGUAUUUUUAACGAAAUGCUUUACGCUUAUUACAUUUUUAUUUCAUUUUUAGUUUCAUUGGUUAUCAAACAUAAGAAGAGCUGAUUUGAGAAAUGAAAUAAUUGCGUGGGAUGAUAAUUAAUGAAAGAACAUCACCCCGACAAUCAAAAUAAUUCUGGAAUCAUUCGUUCCCGAUUUUCGUGCAACCGUGUUCUCCAGGCAUGAAGCAGAAUAGAGGUUUUAUUGCGCUACACGUUGCGUUAUAGGUAAAAUAGAGUGCGUUACGAUAUAACACUGCAAAAAAAAUUUUCUUGACAGGACAUGCUAUACCACCCGUUCCACUCGUUGCAACCAAUAAAUCUAUUGGCGUUGUAAAGCCAUUGUAUGCAGUAAAGUAUGUAAUAAAUAAUCUAUUCGCGUUGUAACUGAAGACAAAACCACAAGCAUUGAACAAAAGUUAUAUACAAUGUAUUGGCCCUGAAAGGGAGGCUGCAGGAUUGCCAAUAGAAGCUGGCACCCGGCGAUUUUCGCCGUCUAUAGCCUAGACAAUCGCCGGUUAUUUCUCGAAAUUACAAACCAAAAUGUUUCAUCCUCAUCGCAGAAAUGUCAAGGUAAAGGUUGUUUUGCUUUUCUAACAUAAAUUUUACACAAUAGUCUUUCAUGUUUCGUUCGCUACUCUGGUUUAAAUAAAUGAUUACAAAGCCCAGUCGAAUUGUAUUCAAGACCCAACGUUUCGACACUAUAGUGUCUUCAUCAGGGGUGAUCUAAAACUGCGAUCGUGGCUUCUUAAAUACCCAAGGGAUGACGUCACCUGCCAAGAAGAUGCAUAUAUUCCUCUGGCAAAUAGGCACCGUCAUCCCUAUUCAAAGCAUGAUGACUCAUAUUUGUAUGCCACGCUUGAUUACAAUUCGACUGGGCUUUGUAAUCAUUUAUUUAAACCAGAGUAGCGAGCGAAACAUGAUUGAUAUACCUGGUUGCAGUGAACGAACAAACUUUAUCCCAAUAGUCUUUGUUAAAUAUUUGGAUAAAACGACAAAACCUCCAAAACCUUAAGGCAUAUUUCCAAUCAGAAACAUUUUCGGCAGAAAGAAAAUUUUGUAAAAUGUGAUUGGCCGCGGAAACAAAUUUUGAAGUUGAAAAUUUUCAACUUUUACUACAAUGAUAUUUUCGGGAAAUUUUCGGGCCGUGGAAAUUUUUCUUGACCGGAAAUGGGCCUCUGCAAAAUGCCAUUUCAGAGGGUAUAAAUUUCAGAAUUUUCUCAAAGAAACGCCCUCGGACCCCUCCCCCAAGCGAAUGGUACAUUCGGCACCACAUUGCCGCCUACUCGUUAUUGGGAACCCUGGGCUGGUCGGGCCGUGUCGGGGAGAUUACCAACAAAAGGGUCAUCAGCCCUAAGGUUAGGGGCUAGGGUUGGAGUUAGGGCUAGGAUUAGGAUCAGGGUUAUGGGAUUAGGGUUAGCGUUUGGAUUAGGGUUAUUGUAAUUGUAUAGACCCAUUACAACCCAAUACUUUAUUGCAUACAAUGGCUUUACAACGCCAAUAGAUUAUUGGUUACAACGUGCGGAACGGCUGGCUAUACUGUACAAUGUUUGACCAAUUUCCAGUUUGGUCUUAUACGUAACUCAAAUUUGAUGAUACAUAAAAUUAUUAUCACUAAUAACUAUAAAUGUGUCAUAAGAUGCGUUACGAUAUAACAGCAAAUAAAUAUUUUUUCUUGACAUGACAUGCUAUAUACAGCAUGUUUGACCAAUUUCCAAUUUGGUCGUACGUAACUCAAAUUUGAUGAUACAUAAAAUUAUUAUCACUAAUUACUAUAAAUGUGUUAUAAGAUGCGUUAAAAAUAUUUAAUA